GAUUUUUUACGUUUCCCUUCGCCUGUCGCCCACUACCUAUGAGACCGUUGGACUCCAAUCCUCUUCCCAAUAUGCCCCCACAACGUUCAUCUCCUAACGGAAAGGUUAAGGUCAUUAUCGUAAGAAAGAAAAACCGACCAACGGACCAACAGGUAUCGCCCCGUCUCUUCAGAGAGUUGGAAGCUUUUGAAAAGUGUCUGACGUUGUUAUAGCGAAUCCUUCACUGACAGUCGCCAGGGAGAACUUGAAUCCACAAUGCUGGACGGACUUCUUGGCCGUGGGUUCGCCUCCAAAUGUAAGCCGUUGAUUAAAUUGACCAAGACUCGGAUAGAUGUGGUUCGGAGGAAGAGAAAGGCGACUGAGAAGUUUCUGAAGAAAGAUAUCGCUGAUUUGCUUGCCAAUGGCCUCGAUAUCAAUGCUUAUCAGAGGGCUGAUGGACUUCUAGUUGAAUUGAUGCUUUCUUCGUGUUAUGAUUUCGUUGAGCAAUCAUGCGAUUUGGUAUUGAAACAUCUUUCAAUAAUGCAAAAACAGAGGGAAUGCCCUGAGGAUUAUAGGGAGGCUGUAUCAUCCCUUAUGUUUGCUGCUGCAAGAUUUUCAGAAUUGCCAGAAUUACGCAAACUUAGGCAAAUAUUUCAAGAUAGAUAUGGGAAUUCCCUGGAAUUAUAUGUGAAUCAAGAGUUUGUUGAGAAUUCUGCUUCAAAGCCAUCUACAUUAGAGAAGAAAGUUCAGCUAAUGCAAGACAUAGUGCUAGAGUAUUCGAUAACUUGGGACUCCAAGGCUUUUGAGAAGAGGAUGUAUAGACCCUCUACAUGUGUACAGGAGCAACCUACAAACUAUGGUUCUUUCAAUGUCACUACCAAUAAAAACGAACCAUAUAAUGGUAUGGGAACCAUCCCAAGAGGAGAAAAGCCUAAUGUUUCAUUUAAAGAAAGACUUGAGGUUACUAAUGAUGGGCGUGGAUUGUGCAAUGGCCUCGAAGGUACCAUAUCAAAAAGAGAACUGGACAUUCAGUCUAGACAUGAACUUUCUGGCAAGGGAUACGAUAUGCUUAAUUACAUAGAACGAGAUAUCCCGAAAAAGGAUGGUCAUGACAUUUCGUACCAAGGAAGGCAGGAGGUUGUCAAUGGCAAGCAUGAAGCAUGGAAUUUGAAGGGAGAUGCCACCGCAAAACCAGUUACAUCUGGAACUUCAUCUCGGAAAAAACCAGUCAUUGACGGUCGACCCAGGUUGCUUAUUGGUAGGGAGAACAAGUCUCCCGCAAAUGACUGCAGAGGAUCCUUAUUACAUGGAAAGCCAGAAAUUUAUCCUAGUUUUGCAGGACAGCAGUCGAAGGGCAAUGCUAAGGAACCGUUAGCAGGUAAUAAUCAUUCUGGUCAACAUGAUGUCACAAAGUCAGUGAAGAAAUUUGAGAAGGGUGUAAUAAUCGACAAUGUGAAGCCCCAAUACAAUAAGGCUCCCUCUCGACAGCAGUCGAAGGGCAAUGCUAAGGAACCGUUAGCAGGUAAUAAUCAUGCUGGUCAACAUGAUGUUACAAAGUCAGUGAAGAAAUUUGAGAAGGAUGUAAUAAUCGACAAUGUGAAGCCCCAAUACAAUAAGGCUCCCUCUCGACAGCAGUCGAAGGGCAAUGCUAAGGAACCUUUAGCAGGUAAUAAUCAUGCUGGUCAACAUGAUGUUACAAAGUCAGUGAAGAAAUUUGAGAAGGAUGUAAUAAUCGACAACGUGAAGCCCCAAUACAAUAAGGCUCCCCCUCCUUAUGUUAAGCCUAAUCUUAAAGCAAAGACUAGCAAAUCUGGACCCAAUUUAGGAUCUUCAAUGGCUGGUUUUGGCAGUAGUGUAGCCCUUACAGACACUUCAAUGCGCAAGGGAGGCAGAGCUACUAAUACUUCAGAGAGGAUCCAAUUACGUUCAGAUCACUGUGUCCAUCAGAGGCAGGUCGUGGGAACUGCAAGUUUGAAUGGUCAUGGCCAAGAGAAAGAUCAUCUUGAUCAGGACGGCGUAACUAGUAACUCAUCAUCAAAACUAAGAUCAGCCAGGAGACACGCGAAAUCACAUCAUGACCAUAAUAAUGCGGGCUACUUUGAAGACACAGGACGUUUUACAAGAAAACCAAGAAGCAAGGGAAGGGACAACUCAAGACGUGGCUUGCAAAUUUUGUUUGAUGAUGAGCAGUAUCACAACAAUGAAGAGGAAAAGAUUUUGGACAAACUCUUAAUGCAGUAUAGUAAGAAACCUUCACCCUAUGAACUAGGAAGGGUGAGGAAAUCCAAAACCAAUCGGGCACAUCACAUGAGCACUGAUGUGAGGAAAUCCCCACAGAAUGGUAAAGAUGUGCCUGAUGAGAAGCCAGAGGCUGUUCCUCCUCCACCCCGAUCAGUUUCUCUACCUCGUGAACAUACAGGUCAACCAGAGGUAACCAAAAAAUUCUCCCGCGCUGUUUCGUUUCAGUCUGAUAGGUCAAGUUUAGCUCGGCAUGUGCAUCCUAAGCUGCCAGACUAUGAUGAUUUGGCUGCCAAGUUUGCGGCGCUUAGAGGGAAGUAAAGAGGUUGAACUUUUAUAUCUUUUUACGUUAUCAGCAUGAGUGCAACCAUUUUAAAGUUCCAGCAUUUAUUCCUUUGGUUGAUCUGGUGCUGGCUAUGAAGAAAAGUAGCGCGGCUAUACCCUCCACAACUGACGUUUAUCACCCUACCAACUCGGCUUUACAGUUGCAUUGAUGAAUAGAGUAUAUUCUACAUGUGUCUAGUGCUGGAAUGUUCUUCUCUGCAACUAAUGCACAAUUGCAAAGGUUACAUAACCAUAUUUUAACAAAGUUCCUGGCCCUAUUCGUUGUGAGAGUUGUAAAAAUUCAUGUAGCUUCAAAAAAUAGAUUGAACUUGACAUUGAGAAGCUCAUAUUGUAUCAGUGUCCUUUGCACCAAACAAAGAAAAAAAUGAAGCUCAUAUGGUAAAUAAUUAUAAUCUUAGUUUAGGAUUCCCUUUGAAA